AUGCGUAACAAGAAGACAGUUUAUGGCAAUCAAUAUGGUUCUCAGUGGACGUGUUUUGCCGGAAUCAUCAAAACUGCCAUGACGGUGUACGCCUUGAAGGUGAGGGUAAAAUACCGUGGGAUUGAUUAUGGCUUAUGGGCUCUGUCUACCUCCGAGAUGACUUGCAGCUCGUAUUCCCGUCAGGGUCCGGACCGUUUUGACCUUGCGCCUUUGCCGAAGAACUACAAAUCCCCCAAAUCUACGCGACGUCCCAGCACCGUUCACACUGAACGCAACGAUUUUGAUAUAAAUCCCGGAAAUCAGCCCGGAAUUUGCAACUACAAAGUUGAAGUCACUGCCUCCACCAGACCACCCAAGAAAAUUCGAACGGGUUCAUUGGGAGCGCAUCGGCAUUCGUUUAGCAAUUUUAGCAAGGAUGAGGAAACUGGAGAUAGGAUAACGCCCCUUCCAGCAGCAUUAUUAGCGAGCUCGUGCGGUGCGAAUGAUGGGAUCUACCCGCCGUCUCCGACGAAUCGUAUUAUGAGAACAACUGACGUCUUUGUAAGUAUGCAGCAAGUGUUGGAUGAAGAAUGCCCAGAUAUGGAUGACGAGGAAGCCGAAACAAAGAGGUCGAAAUGGAAGUGUUGA